AUUUCCCCUUUUAUAAGCUCACGGGCUGCUCAUAAAUGGAAAAUGGAAAUUGGAUUAUCCUAAAUAGAAGACGAAGCUGUGCAGCCGCUUGGAGCUAUUUUCGCAGCGUUGAAUUUCAUCUUCUUCCCAAAUCCUUCUCUCAGAUUGGGUGUCCCGUAAAUCAUCCCUGUCGAAAAACUUUACACAAGUCAGCUAGAGAUAAUAUUCUAACAAUGGAGGCAAAAGAGAAUGGGGAGUUUACCGAGCCCUCACCAGCCGGAAUUUUCAAGAUUCCCGGCGAACCAGCCAUCGUAAUAAACGAGCUCCCCUCAACAUCCUCAAGUGAGACGGAUCUCGUGGUACCUUGUGCUGUAGAUGAUGUACAUCUACAAAGAUUUGCUGGGUUUGGUGAGUGGAUGGAGGGCAGGGAAGUCCGUAAAUUGUUCGGGACCAAUCAUUUUAACGGCACCGUAACUCAAUUCGACGGUGAGACGGGUUGGUACAGGGUAGUCUAUGAAGAUGGGGAUUUUGAGGAUCUCGAGUGGGAAGAGCUGUAUGAAAUUUUGGUGCCACUCGAUGUGAAUUUUCCUUUGAAAACACUAGCAAUGAAAAUCCUCAAGAAGAGGCAGAAAUCUGUUCAGAAGCCAGGGAAAAGUAAGGUCUUAGCUAGGAACUAUGGCUCGUUUGGUGAGAAAGGCAAGGGAAAGGAGAAUGGUGGAUCUUGAUUUCACUUUUGAAGAGCAUUAUGGUUAAGGUGUAGGAUGUAAACUAGCUCAAGUCAGAUUGCAAUAUACACCAGCUAUCUUUUUGUAAUUGUGGAAGGUAACUGGAAUUUCCUUUCUUUCUUUGUAGAGUUAUAGGUUAAAUGGUCGGUGGUCGAAAAUCCAAACCACAUAUCAUGAGUCGUGGCUGCUUAUAAGCUGUCGAUUUUCGAAGAAUUUUUUACGUGCAUAUCGGCGUCUCUUUAUCUUCUACUUUCUUAAUGCUUAUUAUUGAGUGAUCGUUCACAUACCUGUGUUGUUUUAUAGAUGGGGAAAGAGAUUCGGNUAAAUGAGUGUUUUCUU